AUGCUUUACCACUAUCCAUUCUCUGGCCAAGACCCAACCGUCAAGGAACUGCAGAGGAGGCAGAAAAAUCUGAAGCCUGGUGGCACCAUCUUCAAUGAAUUGAAGGGCUUUCAGGAUUGUAUACAGAAAAUCAAUGAGGUUGAGGUUUUGAAGUAG